ACGCUGUUGUGCUCAACUUUUUAAAAACAAUUAUAUUCAACUGAGGGUUCUAGGCAUGCAGGGACAAGCAGCUCUGAAACGAACAUAUUUUUUUCGCAUCAUGUCAAAGAUGUUUUACUUAUUUAACUAGUGUCGAACAACAGUUUCUACAUCUCUUUCCGGCUGCCGGACAAGCCGCGCGGGGACAAAAGGCUGAGGGCUGCGGGCUGAGGCAACCAUAGGCAUCUCCGAACGCAGCCAAGGGCGCUAUCAGUAAACAUUUUGCCAAGUCUCUUUUCUGUAUAUUGGUGUGCUAAUGCAGAGAAAAGUCUUCCCUGAAGUACUUUCACCCCGGCCAUGACAAAUGUGAAACGUCUUCUUAUGGGUGCUCAUGAUCUUUUGAAUUUGAAAUAAUAGCACCCCAGCACCUUGAAACCGACUGAAAAUGAAAUCACGAAAGAAUAAGGACUUACGAACUAUAAAGGAAGGAGUUGUUGGCAAGUAUGUCAAGAAAGAAACACCACCUGAAAUGCCAAUCAUUAACGUUUGGACUACAGAUCCAGUGAAGAAAAUUUCAAGUCGUAAAAGCUCUCAGUCCAAUUCAUCUGUUGUGUCUGUUGGUUCGCAACCUACUAGAAUAGUUCAGAAGUUUGGCAGCCGUAUGACCCCAAGCCCUAGCGCAUCGCUUGGGCAUGAAGGGAAGUAUACACCUAGCAGUUCUGUUCCAGACCUUGCACAUAGAUUUGCCAGUUUGUCAAUGGGGAGUGGUUCUGAAUAUGGAUCAAGUAAUCCAGUCUCAAGCUAUAGUUUGGUGCCUAGCAGUAGUCACGUUACUAGUGAGCUUCCUCCGCUUAAUGUGAUGUAUAUGCAUACACACUGUGCUGACUAUCAGGAUGCAUAUGGACUUCAUCAACCUGACCAAGGGUAUGGUGAGACUGCUCAUCAUCAACACCUUGAUGAUUAUAGACUAUCAUCAUACCAGAACAUUGCUUAUGGUCAUCAAUUGCUGCAUACACCACAGCAAUCGACUCAUGCUCUGCACAUGUCCAUUCCACAUGCCUUGCAUGGUCUAACCCAUGAAGCUCUUCAGGGGUCUCAACACAGUCUACAUCAAGCACCAUCUGAUGCUGCCAAUGGUGCUGAUGGAGUAGCAGAGGAACUCCCUUUACCUCCUGGCUGGUCAGUAGAUUUCACUCUUCGUGGCCGUAAAUAUUACAUUGACCACAAUACAAAAACUACCCAUUGGAGCCACCCCUUAGAAAAGGAAGGUCUUCCAACUGGAUGGGAACGUAUUGAUUCACCUGAAUACGGUAUCUAUUACGUCAACCAUAUCACACAACAUGCUCAGUAUGACCAUCCAUGUGCUCCACACUACAAUUACCAGCCUGAGUUUCGGUCAUCCCUGGAUGUACCUCUUCCUUUGCCUCCACACAUUCAUUUUCAUCCUCCCAGUGUACUUGUGCCAGCAAACCCGUAUUUAAAUGAAGAAAUUCCAAACUGGUUAGGAGUUUAUUCAAGAGCAUCACAGGACUUAGAUCACAAACUAAAAUGGGAAAUGUUCAGGUUGCCAGAACUUGACUGUUUUAAUGUUAUGCUCACACGAUUGUACAAACAGGAACUGGAAGAAAUUGUUAUGCGUUAUGAAGCCUAUAGAUCGGCCCUUGCAUAUGAAGCAGAAAGGAGGGUAACUGCACAACACAAGAUACUAGCACUGCCUGCACCAAAUGAGGGGCCCAGAGAAACUCCAGUUAUUUCUCAGAAUGUUGAGACAAAAGUAUGAUCAUGCGCUGCUUGCUGCUGUUCUUUUGUUGGAUGUUUCUGAGUAGGGCUGAUUUCCACAAUUUCAUUUUCUAUUGUGCCUUGUAGAAUAUUUCUCCUAUUGGCUGUGUCCUAGAUCAAUAAGCUACUUUGAAAGUAUUUUCAAUUUUGGUUAGAUUGAGUACCCACUCAUUGUUUUUUAAAUCUAUUGUACAUAUCACAGUAGACACAAGUUAUUCUGAUUUUUCUCUUGCACUGAGGUUUUCCUCUACUGGAUUUUUUAUAUGAAAUUUCUGUUUUUAUCUUCUAUAAUUGUUAUUGAUUUUAAGGAAACCUGAUUUUAAUCCACAUCCUACUAUAUUUUUGUUUCUUUUUAAAAUAAGCUUACAUAUCCAUAGAUAAAGAUUGUACUGCUUUUGGUAACUUUGUGAUAUUUUAAAGGAAUAUUUUUUAUCCAGAUGAAUUACAUUGCUCCUUUUAAAACAA